GCGGCGGCGGCGGCGGCAGCAGCAGUUUCCCCUUUCCCCGGCCCUGACUCUACGGGCGCAUGCUCACUUGUGCCCGCAGCCCUGGACCAUAUUUGUCAGGACUCCUCGAGAGACGGAGAAAAAAAAUAAUAGAGAGAGAGAAUUUGGGGGGUAUAUGCACCAUGAAUGAACCAACUUCUAGUGGAAGUGGGCAAGACUUUGAUGUAUUUAGUGUAAUGGACUGGAAGGACGGAAUUGGUACCUUGCCUGGAAGUGAUCUGAAGUUUCGUGUGAAUGAAUUUGGUGCCCUAGAAGUAAUCACUGAUGAAACAGAGAUGGAAAGUGUUAAGAAGGCUACAGCUACCACAACCUGGAUGGUGCCAACUGCUCAAGAAGCCUUCUCAGAAAAGACAGAAGUACCACAAAAAUUGAAGGAAACUAGCAAGGUAGACGGGCUUCAUUUCUGUGAACGUUGUUUUCAUUCUGGAACCACAGUGGACUUUGUAGCUGGAGAAAGAUCUUGCAGCCAAAAAUGUGCACAUCAGAUUAAAAACAAAGAGCAAAGGGAGAACAAAGAUGUAUCCGAAGUCAAUGAUGAGGACUGUUCCAAGGGCACUCAAAAAAGGAAAACCAAAUCGCCUUCAAAAGAAGAAUUUAUGGAAGACAAUGUCAAGAAGUAUGAGGAAAUUGAGGAGAAACCUGAAGGGAGGAUACUAAGAGUCUCUCAGAGAGCCACACGGAAAAGGAAAAGAGAGAUGGCAGUUCUAAAACAGACUUUGAUGUCAAAGGCAAAGAAAACAUGGAGUUGGUCUUCGUAUUUGGAAGAAGAAAAGGCUACAGCAGCACCACCUAAGAUUUUUAAAGAGUAUCAAUCCUUCCCAUACAACAAAAAUGGAUUCAAAGUUGGAAUGAAACUAGAAGGAGUGGACCCUGAGCACCAGUCAAUGUAUUGCGUGCUUACAGUAGCUGAGACUUGUGGUUACAGAAUUAGACUUCACUUUGACGAAUACCCAGAGUGUUACGAUUUUUGGCGGAAUGCUGAUUCUUCUGAUAUUCACCCAGUUGGUUGGUGCGAGAAAACAGGACACAAACUUCAUCCACCAAAAGGAUAUAAAGAAGAUGAAUUUAAUUGGCCCUCGUAUCUGAAGAAAUGUAAGGCUCAAGCUGCUCCUAAAUCCUUGUUUGAAAACCAAAACGCGACGGUGAUUCCAUCAGGGUUUCGAGUGGGGAUGAAGCUCGAAGCAGUAGACAAAAAGAACCCUGCAUUCAUAUGUGUUGCUACAGUAACUGACAUUGUGGACAGUCGUUUUCUGGUUCAUUUUGACAACUGGGAUGAGAGUUAUGACUACUGGUGUGAAGCAGCUAGCCCACAUAUUCAUCCAGUUGGCUGGUGUAAAGAGCACAGAAAGACCCUUGUAACCCCUCGAGACUAUCCACAUGCCAAGCAUUUUUCUUGGGAGAAAUAUUUGGAAGAAACUAGUUCUUUACCAGCACCUGCCAGGGCUUUUAAAGUGAAACCUUCUCAUGGAUUCCAGAAGAAUAUGAAACUUGAAGUAGUUGACAAGAGGAAUCCUGUACUUAUCAGGGUAGCAACCGUGGUAGAUACUGAUGACCAUAGAAUUAAAGUCCACUUCGAUGGCUGGGAUAGUAUUUAUGAUUAUUGGAUCGAUGCAGAUAGCCCUGAUAUCCAUCCUGCUGGCUGGUGUGGGAAAACUGGACAUCCUCUUCAGCCCCCACUUAGUCCUUUGGAAUUGGUAGAAGCUUUAGAACAAGGAGGAUGUCCUACAGCAGGCUGCAAAGGAGUUGGACACAUAAAAAGAGCCAGACAUACUGGCCAUCACAGUGCUCUCAGCUGCCCAUAUUCUGAGAUAAAUCUGAGCAAAGAACAUAUCCUUUCAGACCGCUUAAGUGGAGAGAUGCCUCUGAGUAUUCCGCUUCAGCAUUGGAACCGAAAGCCAGAAGCAAAUGAAAGAUCUGCAUCUCCUGUAAUCAGUAAUGGAAAAAGUCCUAGUCCCAUUGUCCUAAAAUCUUCAGCUCAUCUCCAUUCAUCAAAGCAGGAAGAUACAGAGGUGAAACCUCUUUGCAAAAAGCCACUAAUGUUUGGUGUCAAAGAAAAGAACUACAGGGGAUGCCAGGCAACUAAGGAUUUUGCAAAGAAAGAUGGCUGUGCAGGCAGGAAGAUGGAAAAUGAAGAGUCAUCUCUAAAUGAAUCCAAAGAUACUAAGGAAUCUAAUAACAGGAGUUCCCAUCCUCAGCCAGUUAUUUUGACUUCGAAGUUGACAAUCCCAGCCUUUCCAUUGCGAUGGGAACAGCAGAGUAAACUCCUUCCUACUGUGGCUGGAAUCCCUGCCAGUAAAGUUUCCAAGUGGAGCACAGAUGAGGUGUCAGAAUUCAUACGGAGUUUGCCAGGCUGCGAGGAACAUGGCAAGGUGUUCAAAGACGAACAAAUUGAUGGAGAAGCUUUCCUUCUAAUGACCCAAACAGAUAUAGUAAAAAUAAUGAGCAUUAAGCUAGGACCAGCCCUAAAGAUCUUCAACUCAAUCCUGAUGUUCAAGGCUGCCGAUAAGAACUCGCACAAUGAACUCUGAUGGAGAAGUGACUACAGGGCAGCUCUCUCCAUUGCAGCACAUGUUUUAUUCAAAGCACAAAGACUCCAAAGGAUCAUCAAGGAGGAACUCUCCAAGGCGAAAAAGUCAGAGUAGAUGGAGUGUUGAUUUUCUCCAAGAGCCUGAGCAAACUAACACUUCUGGGAAGUGCUUAAGCUUUUUAGUAAGAUGCUCUUACAGAAGAGUGGGUACUUAAUGUUUACUGGCUGAUGGCUCUAAUUUUCUCACAACUAGCCAUCCUUCAUUUUAUUGGGGAUCCAUUAACUAAGUUAACAUACUAAAAUUAUGGAGAUACUAUCCUUUUCUAAGAAGACACAAAAUACACACUUCAUGAAUUUACUUCUUCACCAAUGAAUUCCUUUGUAUUGUUUCAUCAUUUUCAUUUUUAAAAAUUGUUCACAGUUUAAAAUAAGUGGACUACAGUUAGUUAAUGAAGACUGUUAACAAGUCGUCUUAGUUUCAAACAGCAGCUCAAACUUAACACUUUGCUGUGUACAAUGAAUCUGAUCGAUUUAUUCUGUUGUAUGAAAACAUUGCUGGAGACCAAUGCUAUGUUUUUUAUUUUUGUUUUUUUGCAUGAUUAAAGAAGUUUAAUGAAUA